AUGGCUCCGCUCCCAAUCAAGUUCACCGAGCAGCUGAACCUCACAUCUGUUGGGAUCCAGCCUGCCUCGAUAGGCUUCAACACCUGCACCCUCGAAUCCGACCACUUCGUCUGCGUGCGGCAAAAGGUCGACGACAAUGCUCAGCCCGAAGUCAUAAUCAUCAACCUCAAGAAUGGCAACAAUGUCAUGCGGCGGCCCAUCAAGGCCGACAGCGCCAUCAUGCACUGGAGCAAAGAGAUCAUCGCGCUCAAGGCCGGCGGCAAGACACUGCAGAUCUUCGAUCUCGGGCAGAAGAGUAAGAUCAAGAGCUGUACGAUGACAGAGGAUGUGGUGUUUUGGAAGUGGUUCAGCGAUAGCUCGCUUGGCCUUGUCACGGAUACCAGCGUCUUCCACUGGAACAUCUUCGACCCGUCACAGGUAUCCCCGACGAAGGUGUUCGACCGGAAUGCGAAUCUCAGCGGCUGCCAAAUCAUCAACUAUCGCGUGAGCGAAGACGAGAAGUGGAUGGUCGUGGUUGGCAUUUCGCAGCAGCAGGGUCGCGUUGUUGGCAGCAUGCAGCUCUACUCGAAGGAUCGUGGCAUUAGCCAGGCCAUCGAGGGUCAUGCUGCUGCUUUCGGCACUUUGCGAUUGGAAGAUGCGCCAGCAGAUACCAAGCUCUUCACGUUUGCGAACCGCUCAGCAACUGGUGCCAAGCUUCACAUCGUGGAGGUCGACCACCAGGCGCCGAACCCGGUUUUCCAGAAGAAGGCUGUCGACAUCUACUUCCCUGCUGAGGCGACGAACGACUUCCCAGUAGCCAUGCAAGUGUCGUCAAAGUACAAGGUGAUCUACCUGGUUACCAAGUACGGUUUCAUCCACCUCUACGAUCUCGAGACCGGCACUACGAUUUUCAUGAACCGAAUCUCCAGCGAUACGAUCUUCACCACCGCAGGCGACGAAGACGGAUUUGGCAUUAUCGGCGUGAACAGGAAGGGUCAAGUGCUCUCUGUGAGCGUGGACGAGAGCACCAUCAUACCAUACCUGCUGCAGAACCCAGAGAAUGCAGAGCUGGCAUACAAGCUAGCGUCAAGAGCAGGGCUUCCAGGCGCAGACUCGUUAUACCAGCAGCGAUUCGACCAGCUUUUGGCGAUGGGAGACUACCAACAAGCGGCCAAGACUGCCGCAAACUCUCCUCAAGGUUUCCUGCGUACGCCUCAGACGAUUGAGAAGUUCAAGAACGUGCCACAACAGCAGGGACAACUCUCUGUCAUUCUGCAGUACUUCGGUAUGCUUCUUGACAAGGGCAAGCUCAACCAGCACGAGACUCUCGAGCUGGCUCGCCCAGUCUUGCAACAGAACCGUAAGCAUUUGCUUGAGAAGUGGAUGAAGGAGGGCAAGCUUGGCUGCUCUGAGCAGCUCGGUGAUCUCGUCCGACUCCACGAUGUUGCUCUCGCGCAAUCGAUCUACCAAGAGGCUGGAGCAUCACAGAAGGUCAUUGCCGCAAUGGCAGAGUCUGGCAACUUCGAGCAGAUCUUGCCAUACUCUCAGUCGGCUGGGUACACCCCUGACUUCACAGCACUCCUCCAGCACAUCGCGAGAGUCAACCCUGAGAAGGCUGCAGAGUUUGCUACCAGCAUUGCUCGCCAGGACGCCAGCUUGAUCGACAUUGACCGCACUGUCGACAUUUUCCAAUCCCAGGGCAUGAUCCAGCAAGCGACCGCAUUCCUGCUUGACGUUCUGUCUGCGAACCAACCUGAGCAAGGCCAUCUCCAGACUCGACUACUGGAGAUGAACUUGAUGAACGCGCCUCAGGUUGCUGAUGCCAUCUUGGGUAACGAAAUGUUCUCUUACUACGACAAGCCCAAGAUUGCCCAGCUUUGCGAGAAUGCCGGUCUCCUCACCCGCGCCCUGGAGCACUACGAAGAGCCCGCAAGCAUAAAGCGCUGCAUAGUGAGAACAGAUCAGAUUCCAGAAGAGUUCUUGAUUAACUACUUCGGUCGCUUGACAGUCGAUCUGGCGCUGGAGUGCUUGGACGAGAUGCUCAAGGUCAACAUUCGACAGAACCUCCAAGCGGUCAUCAACAUCGCGAAGAAGUACUCCGAUCUUUUUGGCCCCACACGCAUCAUCGAUCUUCUCGAGAAAUACCGCACUGCCGAAGGUCUCUACUUCUAUCUCGGUGGCAUCGUCAACCUCAGCGAAGACGAGGAGGUCACAUUCAAGUACAUCGAAGCCGCCACCAAGAUGGGCCAGCUGCAAGAGGUUGAGCGCGUCUGCCGAGAGUCGAACCACUACAACGCAGAGAAGGUCAAGAACUUCUUGAAGGAGGCCCACUUGACCGAGCAACUGCCUCUUAUCAUCGUCUGCGACCGAUUCAACUUCGUUCACGAUCUUGUGCUCUAUCUCUACAAGAAUCAGCAGUUCAAGUCUAUCGAAGUCUACGUUCAGCGCGUGAACCCUGCCCGAACACCGGGAGUUAUCGGUGGUUUGUUGGAUGUCGACUGCGAUGAGAACAUCAUCAAGGGCCUGCUCAACUCCGUCUCGCCGCAGAGCAUUCCCAUCGAGGAGCUCGUUUCUGAAGUCGAAUCACGAAACCGGCUCAAGCUUCUGCUGCCAUUCCUCGAGCAGAGUCUUGCUGCUGGCAACCAACAGCAGGCAGUCUACAAUGCUCUGGCCAAGAUCUACAUUGACUCCAACAACGAUCCUGAGAAAUUCUUGAAGACGAACGACCAGUACGACACCCUCACCGUCGGAAAGUACUGCGAGAAGAGAGAUCCAAAUCUCGCGUUCAUUGCCUACAGCAAGGGUCAAAAUGACCUCGAGCUGAUCAGCAUCACCAAUGAGAACGCCAUGUUCCGUGCUCAGGCACGAUACCUCAUCGAGCGAGCUGACCCCGAGAUCUGGUCGUACGUCCUCUCUGACAACAACAUUCACCGCCGAUCUCUCGUGGAUCAAGUCAUCUCCACGGCAGUUCCAGAGCAAACCGAUCCUGAGAAGGUCUCGAUCGCUGUCAAGGCCUUCAUUGAUGCCGACAUGCCAGUUGAGCUGAUCGAGCUGCUCGAGAAGAUCAUUCUGGAGCCAUCGACGUUCAGCGACAACUCGAACUUGCAGAACUUGCUAAUGCUCACUGCUGCCAAGUCAGACCGAGGACGAGUCGCAAACUACAUCCAACAGCUCGACCAAUACAGCCCUGACGAUAUUGCUCAACAGUGUAUCGAGGUUGGCAUGUACGAGGAGGCUUUCCUCAUCUACAAGAAGGCCAACAACCACCUCGAGGCUGCCAACGUCCUUGUUGAUCACGUUGUCAGCAUUGACCGCGGUCAGGAGUAUGCCGACCAGGUUGACCUUCCAGAGGUUUGGAGCAAGGUCGCCAAGGCACAGCUUGACGGUCUCCGUGUGACUGACUCCAUCGAGUCGUACAUCCGUGCCCAAGACCCAUCGAACUACCUCGAGGUCAUCGAGACUGCCACUCACGCUGGCAAAGAUGACGACCUCAUCAAGUUCCUCAAGAUGGCUCGCAAGACCCUCCGCGAACCACCGGUCGACACUGCUCUCGCCUUCUGCUACGCUCGCACCAACCAGCUUCCAGAGCUCGAGGACUUCCUCCGAUCCUCAAACGUCGCAAACAUCGAGGAGUCCGGUGACAAGGCCUAUGAAGAGGGCUACCACGAGGCCGCCAAGAUCUUCUUCACCUCCAUCUCGAAUUGGGCCAAGCUUGCCACCACUCUCGUGCACUUGGAAGACUACCAAGCCGCUGUCGAGUGCGCGCGGAAAGCGAAUAGCGUCAAGGUGUGGAAGCAGGUCAACGAGGCAUGCGUGGCCAAGAAGGAGUUCCGUCUGGCACAGAUUUGCGGUCUCAACUUAAUUGUCCACGCCGAAGAGUUGACCGACCUUGUCAAGCAAUACGAGCGCAAUGGCUACUUUGACGAGCUCAUCUCGCUGCUUGAGGCUGGUUUGGGUCUUGAGCGGGCUCAUAUGGGCAUGUUCACCGAGCUUGGUAUUGCGCUGACCAAAUACCACCCCGACCGGGUUAUGGAGCAUCUUCGUAUCUUCUGGGGUCGUAUCAACAUUCCCAAGGCCAUUCGUGCCUGCGAGGAAGCACAUCUCUGGCCUGAGCUUGUCUUCUUGUACGCCCACUACGACGAAUACGACAACGCCGCUCUCGCGAUGAUGGAGCGUGCCGCCGAUGCAUGGGAGCACCACACUUUCAAGGAGACGAUUGUCAAGGUCGCCAACUUGGAGAUCUACUACCGCGCCCUGAACUUCUACUUGCAAGAGCAACCCUCGCUUCUCACGGAUCUGCUGCAAGUCCUCACGCCACGUAUCGACGUCAACCGUGUCGUCCGCAUGUUCGAGAAGUCUGACAACAUCCCGCUGAUCAAGCCGUUCUUGCUCAACGUACAGUCGCAGAACAAGCGUGCUGUCAAUGACGCCAUCAACGACUUGCUCAUCGAGGAAGAGGACUACAAGCAGCUGCGUGAUAGUGUCGAGAACUUCGACAACUACGAGGCAGUUGCUCUCGCGCAGAGACUCGAGAAGCACGACCUUGUCUUCUUCCGACAGAUCGCCGCCAGCAUCUACCGCAAGAACAAGCGAUGGGAUAAGUCGAUCGCGCUUUCGAAGCAGGACAAGCUGUACAAGGACGCCAUCGAGACUGCUGCAAUCUCGACCAAGGAGGAGGUUGUCGAGGAGCUUCUGCGCUACUUCGUCGACAUCGGCAGCAAGGAAUGCUACGUUGGCAUGCUGUACGCCUGCUACGACCUCAUCCCACUGCAUACUGUCAUGGAGAUUUCAUGGCGUCACGGCCUCAACGACUUCACCAUGCCUUUCAUGAUCAACUACAUGUCGCAACAAGCGUCAGCCAUCUCUGAGCUCAAGCGUGACAAUGAGGAGCGCAAGGCUCGUGAAGCCUCGGAGAAGAAGGAUGAGGAUACCGGUCCAAUCCUUGGCCAGUCGAGACUGAUGCUUACGCAAGGCCCCAUUCAGAACCAAGCGCCAUCACCAUAUGGCAUGGCGCAGCCUAACGGCAUCAUCCCUCAGCCAACAGGCUACGGCGGCAUGGCCGGUGGAUUCAGAUAA